UUAAAGGUAAACUUCAAUGUUAUUUGGAGUGUGUAAUGGCAAUGCUGAUUAACAGUAUAUGCUUCACUGAUAACUUUUGUAGCUAUUACAUUCUUUGUUAUGAUCACAUGUUUCUAUUGUCCCACUUGUAAAGCUCAAUACAACUGACUUGUAGCCUAAUUGGGUAAACCAUAGGGCAGGUGUAUUUAAUGCUUACCCUACAAGGUCCGGAUCCUGACAGCUUUAUGUUCUACCUGAUAAUUAAUUGCACCCACCUGGUGUCCCAGAUCUAAAUCAGUCACUGAUCAGAGGGGCAACAAUGAGAACGCAGUGGAGCUAGCUGAGGAUGAGUUUGAGAGCCUUAGGAGAAUGUCUAGGAUUGGAAUUUGACCCAUCCACCUUGUUUCAAAGAUAUAAUGAGGUGCAACAAGAACAGUAAUGGCUUUUGACUCGCUGUCCUCCAGAGUAGUCUUGCUCUAUGAUGAAUGGCUUAAACUGGCUGAUCCCAGGACAGAGGACUGGCCCCUAAUGGCAUCGCCGAUGGCCCAGACUCUCAUCGUAAUCGCCUACAUCUACUUUGUCACGACGCUGGGCCCUCGGCUGAUGGAGAACCGCAAACCCUUUGACCUCAAAAAUGCCAUGGUCGUCUACAAUUUCAGUAUAGUGGGCUUCUCCAUCUACAUGAUCUAUGAGUAUCUGAUGUCCGGUUGGGCCAAUGGUUACUCCUACCGUUGUGACCUUGUUGACUACUCCAGCAAUCCUCUGGCUGUCCGGAUGGCAUGGACCUGCUGGCUCUACUACUUCUCAAAGUUUAUUGAAAUGUUGGACACAAUCUUCUUCGUCCUCCGCAAAAAGACCAGCCAGGUGACAUUCCUUCAUGUCUUUCAUCACUCUAUCAUGCCCUUCACUUGGUGGUUUGGAGUCAAGUUUUCAGCAGGUGGUAUGGGAACCUUCCAUGCCAUGUUGAACUGCGGUGUCCACGUCCUCAUGUACUCCUACUAUGCUGUGUGUGCUAUGGGGCCUGCCUAUCAGAAGUACCUGUGGUGGAAGAAAUACAUGACCACUAUCCAGUUGGUUCAGUUUGUGAUGGUGACUGUCCACAUUGGCCAGUUCGUCUUCAUGAAGGACUGCCCCUAUAAGUUUCCGGUUCUUCUCUACAUUGUUGGUCUCUACGGACUGAUCUUCCUGGUUCUCUUCCUCAACUUCUGGUACCACGCAUACACAAAGGGAAAGAGGCUGCCCACGGUUGCGCAGAACAGCAAGGCUCUCCAGAAUGGCAACGGUGCUCACCAUGCCAAUGGGGUUCACCAUUCCAACGGGGUCGCCAAGGAGGCAACCAACGGCAUCUUCUAUGGCACAACCAACAGGGUCGCAAACGGCUUUCACCAUGGCAAUGGCAUUCACAAGAAGGAAAAGUAAACGAUGUAGCCUCAUGUUUUAGUUGACAAGCUCAAUUACCAACUUCCCGGGCUGUAUUUUACAUCCAAGUCUCCUUUUUAUUACACUUCCACCAUUUCAGAGCGUAUUCCCUGUUUUAGUUGGUUCCAACUGUUGUUGUUUUUUGUGUGUGCUUACAACUUUGUCUUAUCACUGUUAUUGAAUAGAAUCACAUGUUCUGUUUGGCUAUAGGUGGUUGAGUUACUGCAUGACUUUUGUUCAGAAAUGUAGUUAUAGGGACCACUGCAUACCAUUUUUUUCAGUUAAAUGUAAAUGGUUUUGUGCUGUAAUAUAAUGUGCCUGGGAACAGGCUUUUGAGAGUUGUUUUAAACGAGGUGAUUAUGCUUGAAAUGUCUGGCGCAAACAGAGCAUAUGAAUGUUCUUAGAGCUGCUCUGGUAGAACCUGAAGCCCUGGAAUUAGUGGCAUACAUUUCACUGAUUUGAGCUUUAGUCUUUUCAUAUGAGUCAGUUUGUAGUAGGRGAAAUGCACUUCCUGAAAUGCUUUAUUGCUUAUAGUAUGCCAAUGGAUCGUACUUGAUGUCUUUUGUGUUAAUUUAAUGUUCACAAUGUAUAUACAUUUGUCUUUUUUAUGUUGCCGUUUCAAGGUAAAAUGUACAGCAGGCUAUGUGAAGGCUGUCUGGGCUUUUAGUGUUAUUGAAGGAGCUGACCAAAAAUGGGCAUUUCCUUUGUGCCCAUGGUGAAUGAGAACAGAACAAUAUUGUCUGAAUGAAAGCGAUUAUUUUACUACUGCAGGCAAUAGCAAAUACUGUGUAUUUUUAAGCUACUUGCUCAAUAUUGUAGCGAAUUCGGGUGGUUGGCACCGACCGGGACUAGAAUCCGAGUCCCGCGACUGUCAAGCCAACACUUUAACCAUCACGCCAGGAGGUCCAAACCGCUUGACGAGGUCGCUACAAUAUUGUUCAAAAGAACAAUCUGCUUUUAUGUUGAAAUAAAUUAUUUUUACCUACA